GAUCGUUGCUACCUGUGUCUGAUGGGGGCUCUUCAGUUAGACCUGGGUGGGGCUCCAGCAGGACCAGCUGGUACAGGGAAGACAGAGACCACUAAGGACCUGGCCAAGGCUCUGUCCAUCCAGUGUGUUGUCUUCAACUGUUCUGAUGGACUGGACUACAAGGUACUGAUAAGACUUACGAGCACACCACCUUCUAUUCCAAGGUUUCCCAAACUCGGUCCUGGGGCUCCCCCUGGGUGCACCUUUUGGUUUUUGCCCACAGCUGAUUCAAAUAAUCAAAGCUUGAUGAUGAGCUGGUUAUUUGAAUCAGCUGUGUAGCGCUCGGGCUCCCGAGUGGCGCAGCGGUCUAAGGCACUGCAUCUCAGUGCUUGAGGCGUCACUACAGACCCCCUGGUUCGAUUACAGGCUGUAUCACAACCGGCCGUGAUUGGGAGUCCCAUAGGGCGGCGCACAAUCGGUCCAGCGUCGUCCGGGUUUGGCCGGUGUAGGCCGUCAUUGUAAAUAAGAAUUUGUUCUUAACUGACUUGUCUAGUUAAAUAAAGGUUAAAAUAAAUAAAUAGGGCAAAAACCAAAACGUGCACCCAGGGGGAGCCCCAAGACCAAGUUUGGGAAACCCUGUCCUAUUCCAUUCUCUCUCUCUCUCUCUCUCUCUCUCUCUCUCUCUACCUUUAUCUCUCUCUGUCUCCUAUUGUCGUUGUUUUACCCAGACACUAACACUAGGGGACAGUGUCAUCACAGCAGUCAGUCUACAUGGAGCUUCUUCAUAAUGAAGGAUCCUGCUAUAAUCCUGCUUAACCAAUCACCUGUCUGUGUUUCAGAUGAUGGGGAAGUUCUUCAGUGGUCUGGCCCAAUCAGGGGCCUGGUGCUGUUUUGAUGAGUUUAACCGCAUCGACAUUGAG